AUGAUUAAACUUUGGGAUACUGCAAAGGGUUUCUAUAAGAAAGAAGUUGGGAAUGGAUAUAAUACUUCUUUUUGGUAUGACAAUUGGUUUACUAAGGGUGUUCUGGUUGAGAUCUUGGGUCCAAGAGGUGUUAUUGAUAUGGGGAUUAGCAAUGAAGCUACGGUGGCUGAAGCUGUUCUCGGUGUAAGACGUAGAAAAAGGCAUCGUACUGAGUUGUUAAAUGCCAUUGAGUCUGAGAUGGUUGCAGUUAAAGAAAAGUUGUGGGAAAAUGUGGAAGAUAUUACACCCAAGUAUGCUUUUAUUACAUGGUUAGCCAUGUUGGAUAGGCUAACUACUAUGGACAGGGUUGCGAGAUGGAAUAGUGGUGUUGAUGUUACUUGUGCUCUUUGUAAGAAUGCUGCAGAGUCUCGUAGUCAUCUGUUUUUCGAGUGCUCUUACUCUUCUCAGAUAUGGGAGCAUCUUAUGCUUGGCAUCCUUAGGGGUUCGUAUACAACUAACUGGAAUGCAAUUGUGGCUUUGCUUAAACAGUCUGAUAGAGAUAAGAAGAGAUCCUUUUGUUUGAGAUAUGGCUUUCAAACCAUUAUCUAUGUGAUAUAG